GCGGCGACGGAACGCAGGAACGUCGUGACGGGAGUCGGGAAACGUCGUAAUGGCGGAACGAGUGGUGGCCGUCGAGGUAUGCGUCCGCACGAACCGCGUCUCGUCGCCGUGAGUUGAGACCAGCGCGCGACAGCGAGCGAGGCCAGCGGCCGUGCCGUCGAGGGUCCGGUCUCGUGGACCACACCGUUUACGUUUGUGAGAUUCGUCGACAGCGUCCCUCCGCGCCGCGACACGAUGAUGAAUAAUCGCAGGCGCACCAACAACUUCACGUACGUCAGCUCGUGCGUGAAGUACAUGAUCUUCAUGCUGAAUUUCGUCUUCUGGCUGUUUGGCGGACUGCUAAUCGGCGUAGGUCUCUACGCGUUCGUGGACAAAUGGCAGGCGACUGGAUCUGUCAGGGUGGAGAACGUCUACGACGUGGUCCUGAACAUUUCUCUGGUGAUGCUGAUCGCCGGCGGGGUGGUCUUCGUCGUCAGUUUCGCGGGAUGCGUUGGAGCCCUUCGCGAAAACACAUGCCUUCUUAAAUUCUACUCGCUGUGUCUUCUGGUAUUCUUCCUCCUGGAGAUGGGUGUAGCGAUCGUCGGUUUUGUAUUCCCGCACACAUUGCAGUCUCUCUUGGAAGAGUCGUUCACGGACAAAAUAAUUCAGACGUACAGAGAAGAUCCAGAUCUGCAAAAUUUCAUUGAUUUUGGCCAGCAAGAGUUCAAGUGUUGCGGCUUGAGCCAAGAGGGAUACCUGGACUGGGGGAAGAAUGAAUAUUUCAAUUGCACCAGCCCCAGCGUAGAACGUUGCGGCGUACCGUUCUCUUGUUGCAUAAACGCUACUGACAUAUCCGUACGUACAUUAUCUGUUGAAUUCAUGCCGUAG